UACCAGACUGCUAAUUCAGUAGUGCGUGACUGUGUGUUUUGAUUGGUGGCUCAAUAUUUUGGUUGGUUUAGAAUUGUCAAAUUUUCAUAUUGCACCAGCUGUCCAAAAUUAACCGAUUGUCAUUGUAUCAGUGAGGUAAAUGUAUAGAUUAGGAAUUAUAGUUUUAAAAGAACAGCAAUGAAUGAAAGUAUAAUGAGUACCAAACCGGAGAUUGAGUUGCGACGGUCACCGCGUAUCGCGGCAAUGCAGGCCCGAGCAAGGUCGGCGAGUGGGCCGUCAGAAUCACGGUCAAGGUCCAAGACUCCGGUCUCCAAGGGGGCAAGUUUGACAGAUUUAUCUUUCGCCGUUGAUGAUGAAGCAGACUGCUGCAACAACAACAGCUUUAUUGCAUCUCCUGAUAAAAACAGAAACAGUCCUGAGAAAAGUGAAGAAGGAACAUUUGUGAAGCCAAAGUCUAGUGGAACCCUACUGCGGAAUUUAAGGAAAAGAAAGAAAGGAGUAGACGAGAGCAUGCGAUUCAGCACCAUGGGAAGCAAGAAAAAGCGAAAAAUGGAUGAAGCUGAUCUGGAUAACAUCAGUGUCAAUAGUCUGGAUUUCAGCAAGAGGGGUAGACGCAGUUCUAAGACCAGUGACGUUGCUGAUGGAGAUGGAGACAAUAUUAGUAUACAGAGCUACACAGCGGGGACCAGUACCAGACGGUCCCGGACCCUGGUCAAGGUCAGUUCAUUGGCAAGCUUAGUGUCACCGGUGUCCUCAGUCAAGAGGGUCAGCAUCGCAUUGCAGCGGUCUAUGAGCUUUCGGACCAACCACUCUCCACCUUUCGAUAUCAAGCCUUACUGUAAGCCAACCGCCACGCCCACAAAGAGGAGAGACAGCAUGCUGUGGUCAGAGACGGUGCAGGGAAACAUCAACGAUGGACUGACCAAGCGACAGAUCAAGAGACAAGAGGUUAUCUACGAGCUGUUCCGUGGGGAGGUAGAUAUGGUGGACGACCUGAGGCUCAUCAUGAAGACGUAUCGCGAUUCCAUGAGGUACCUGGGCAUGCUCAGUGAGCAGGAGCUGCAGACGAUAUUCGGAGGACUCGAGGACUUGCAGCACUUGCAUCAAAAUUUGAUUAACACGCUGAUCAAACAGAGGGGGGCAGAUGGAACGACAGACUCCGUUGGAAACGUUCUACUCAAGUGGCUGCCCACGCUAACCAACAUCUACACCGCUUACUGCACCAACCUCUUGGCAGCCAAGGUUCUCCUGGACGAGAAACGCCAAGACAAGAAGGUCCGGGAUUUCUUGGAACGAUGCCAGGAGUCGCCGUUCAGUCGGCGCCUGGACCUGUGGAACUUCCUGGACGUGCCCAGGCGGAGACUGAUCAAGUAUCCCCUCUUGAUUCAGAAGAUUCUGGAGGUGACGCCCAACGAGCAUCCGGACAAGCCCUACCUUGCCAAAGCAACCAAAGCAGCAGAGGGGGUGAGCCAGGAGGUGGAUCGGCGGACGGGGGAGAUGAAAUGCCGACACUACAUCGAUCAUCUGGUCUAUCUGAGAGACAGUCAAGAAAAUCCUCUCAUCAGUCAACAGAAGAAACUACUAUGCAGCGGAGUGCUACGAAACACCAAAGGCAGAGGAAUGAAGUUGCAUGUCUUCCUGUUUGAGGAGAUCCUGGUAGUGACCAGAAUAGCCACGCGAAACGACGAGAAGAUGUACCAGGUCUAUGAGAACCCCAUCCCUGUGCAGAGUAUGCAGCUAGAUGACCUGGACGACGGAGAGGUCAAACUAGCAGGUUCAUUCAGAAGCUUGACCGGCGGUCAGACAGUGAAGCACGCAUUCAGAGUCAAGUCCACGGACCCCAAUGCCAAUCAGUCCUUCACAUUCUUUGCCGCGGAUGAACACGACAAGAAACAAUGGGUACAACUGUUCAGCCGAGCAGUAAGAACUGCAUCCAGUGAUGCCACAGAGGUUUAGACAAACUUUGAAAGGGACUCUGCGUUUUGAGCGGAGCGAUAACUGAUGACGUCACGAGUGAGAGGUUUCUCCUCAGGCAGCCUAGAACACUCGCGAGAAACGAGUCGGACGGGCGGAACCACACCAACACGAUCGCAACACGGCAGCCAUCUCUCUUCCAGUGAAUUCUGACAACGCUAGUUUGUCUUGGAAGUCAAGCUGGAAGCUGACGGUCUGCUGAGGGAUCUUCCGUGGGGAAUUCAGCCGGGAAUCACCAGCGUGGAAUCUGGUCAAGAAGUUAGCAAGGGUACACACUCGCAACUGCGCCAUGGCGGAGUGGACUGUUAUCAGAACAAAAAGGCAAUUGGUCCAACAUACCAGGCACUUGUUUUGUUUUUAAAGUUCUGAUGCAGAAAUGAGUGAGUUGUUGAAGUGGAUUGCCUCGAACAGAUUCUGCCAUUUUAAAUGCGGAUACAAACUUGGAGGAAUUUGGCAAUAAUCUCAGACAGUUUGUGGUAAACCACAGCACUGGGAAACGAGCGGUUAUGUUAUAUGUGUACAAACUAACCUACCCUCGCAAAACAAAACAAUUCCUGUUUAAAACAGUUACGAAUUAAAUGUGAAAAAAAAGUGCAUAAACGGUUUGGUCCAUCCCAUUGUGCAUAUACGUAUCUACUUUACCCCUUCUAUAAAGCUAAUCAUUACUCAGUUUAAGCAGAACAUUUAAGCAAGCAUGGGAAAUGUAUAAACAAUGAUGUGCCACUGCAUUGAUGCAUUUUAAACAAGUGUGAUUGCAAAGUACAUGUACACCUACUUUUUUUAGCGGCUGUGUAUGCUGCCAAAAUAAACAGUGAAAUCUGGGAAUAUUUGGAAGUAGGCAAUUUACACAUUACAUGACCAGGAAUCUGGCUGGUUCACUUCCUGUGAUCGAUAACACAUGUUGCCGGCUUUCAUGUGAAAACAGCUGUGGAGCAGCUGUUUGUUACCAUGGUAAUGCAAUUUGCAUAACUUUGGGCACAUUCAUAGAAAUGUUGAGCAGAUUUUUUUAGUUUUUUUGGCAUAGGAAAUCCUGAAAUUGUUUUGGCAAUUAUUUCUACGGAGCAUAUUACCGAGCUCUUCUAAAUAAACUGCUGCAGGGUGAGAUAUAAAAUGAAAUAGGGAAAUGCACUGUGUGUUUAAAAAGGUUGCUUCUGUUUGAAAAAAAGUUUGACUUUCUGAUGUUGUAUCUGAAAUAACCAACUUGUCUUAAAGUCACAUGAAGUUAUUUGGACUAACAUGGUAAAAUAA